AGGAAGCGCAGGAUGUGGUGAGAGUGAGUGGAGACCAGGGCACGAUGGCACGAUGCCUAUAUCUGAGAGAGGAAAAGGCCAGAGAAGUCACCAGGACAUGACCCUGCUGCUGCUCCUGGUUCUCGCAGCCAGCCUGGCUGGACGAGUGCUGAGUGAUGUCAUACCCACAGAAGAUUCUGCCUUCACCACUGUUAUGCAUUCUCCAGGAGAUGAAGACAGAACUAUAACAGAUGAGAAUGGCCUGUCAGGAGAAGGAGAAGAUUUUAAUGGGCUCAGGAACCCCAUAGUGUUUACAGGAGAACCUACAGGCAUCCCGCCGAAUGAUACUCGAAGCAAUUUGCUCAACCCCCUGGCGAUCAUCAUCCCACUCCUGCUGCUCCUCUUGCUGGUGGUGGCCAUAUCUGUGGCUGUGUUUAUCUGCAGCCGGAGGAGGGCGAAACAGCACAGCGGUGCUGGUGAUAUGAGAGAAGAUGAGAUCUUACAUGGGUCCGAUACAGAAAAAGUACCAAUGCCCAUGUUUGAGGACGAUGUGCCCUCCGUACUAGAGCUGGAGAUGGAGGAUCUGGAGAAAUGGAUGGUGAAAGACACUGGGAGAAUUUGUGUGGAUUCUGCAGGAGAUGAAGCCUAACAGGAAUACUCGACUGUUCUCCCUGCAGGGUCUGUCUGGGGCUUGACCGACACAUCCCUGGGGGUUAAGAGACCGAUCCCCAGUGCGUCACCAACCACAGACGCAACGGCAACGAUUCCUCAACAUUAAACCAACGCCUACGGACAGACAUUUCUGGAAGCAGUGCUGCAGCACAGCAUUAAUGACAGGAACAAACAAGCCUAUUGCUUUUUUGUGAUUAAUAAUUAAUACGAGCAACAGUAUAGUGCCUGGGGUGAUUUUAAUGCUUUUAUAUUAAUGCAUACAUGGAUGCAAGUAUGGACAAGCAAGCAGAAAAAAAACUGCUAAAGAAAAAUCAAUCCUGCAUAAUCAUGCAUUACUGCAUGUUUUCUGCAGCAAGGGCAAUGUAACACUCAGCUACAGGCUCCUACACAUUGUGUCUGUGGGGUAGGUGAUGGGGCAUUGGGGCUGUACUUGAACUCUUCACAAUGCCUCAGGUUGUUUGUUGUUUGUCUGUGGGUGUGUUUUUAUAUCCACAGGUAUUGAAACUCAGUUUUUGCUCUUCUUUCCUUUGCUGACACACAGUCUCAUUUUGUCAGGGUGUUGUGUGUUUUUAACGUCAUCUCACCUGACACGACAUUGCUGUUGCUUUGAGGUCUUUACAUUACAAAGCGGAGAAUUGAUGGCUGUGUAAAAUUUUGCUCUUCUUGGUUAGGAUACAAAUGAACAUGCCAUAGUAAUGCAGGAGUAAUGCCAACAAAGCCUUUCAUUUUCCCUCCUGCGUUAGGUUGCUGCCUGUGCAUUUUAAACAGUCUCUUUAUGGACAAUCCUCUGAUUUCAUGCGCUGUUGUUUACAUGCAUAAGCACAACAAGCCCGCUAAAGCAGCUUUAGCAUAAGCUUUUCCUCAGUGUUAUCUGUUUACAUUAGUGUGUGCAAAGUAGCUAAAUAAUGGAUUCACUAUGUCUCACCUGUCAGUACAUACUGGUGUAUCCCGUUAUCGGAUCCUGUUGGAUAGCACAGCACAACGAGAGCAUUUUCAACAAAUAACCGGUGUUUGUACAAUUAUGAACAAUAUGACUUGGGUCCUUUCAAUGUUCUUUGUUCUUAUUUUCAGAUUUUAUACCUGUAAAUAUAAAGAAUAUAUUUUGAAAUAUUCAUGCUUUUUUUUACUAUAGGUCAUUGUUUUGUAUAUGUUGGUUGAAUAUUGCAGUUGGUUGCUAUUAUUUUGGUUUGAGUAAAAGAGGUGGAAAAGUAUUUAAUUUUGCAAUGGGAUUUGUAAUUUUUUAAUGACAGUAUAUUGGCAGGGGGACAUGCUAUAUGUGCCUUUCAAUCUUGGGAAUGGAAGCCUGUCAUGCUCAAAAGAGAGUUUGUGUUUUGGCAAUAGCAAUUUGGAUUUAAAAAUGUAUGACCGGUGACAGAUGAAACGUUAUAAUGAACGUCCCAUAGUCACCGCAGGCCAAGCUACUUCUGGUCUGACCAAAACGCCAGGCGGAGCACGGUCACCUGCGAUUUGUUGAAGCUGAAGCUGGUCCGCCCCAGUGCGCACGAUGCAUCUGUAAACUGUCACUCCUCGGGUCGCUCCUGACGGCAAAAACCCUCCGUUCUGAGUUCCUCAUUUCCAGUGGGUGCUGUGUACAGAUGUGCAUCGCUGAGCCGUAAUGGAAUCCAUAUGAGGGGAGGCUGGGAACAAGGACAGAGACCCAGUAAAGCAAUGCAUAUAAAUAAGGAAUCUGUGGCACCGCAAAUGGGCUCCAUCUUUUUUUUUGGUUGCUCACCACUGGUCCUGGACCGAGAGAAUUAUUUUGAAAGAAGUGCUGAAGGGUUUUUUUCCCUCCCAAGUCUACUGUGAAUUUCUGCACUCUUCACUUAAGUGUGUGGAGAAAAGCUUUUAUUUCCCACCUGGCUUCAGAUCCUCAUGAUAUUGAAUGCAUUUCCAAAUGACUUUAUUAAAUGGCUUUUACUUUAUUUUACUUUUUUAUUGAAAAUAUGGUCACUGUCAGCAUUUCAUGUUCAGAUUGCUGAGGUUUCCUUUGGAUUGUAAAUAACUUAUUUCAGCUUGAGAUUUUGUUCUCAAUUUUGUUCAUUUCUGAAUAAAGUUGAGCUAUAUUUUAAAAUGUU